AUGCUGAAAAGAAAUCUCCUGAUCCCUCAGAGAGUCGGCAAUUUCAAAUGCCCACUGAUCCAGGAGUUCCUUGCCACCGGUCAGUAUGGUAAUGCUGCUCGCCAGCUUCUAAACUCAGGCGUUCCUUUCAAUCAAAGUUAUUUAUACCUGUCAAACUGUCCAGAAGCACUUAUUGAGUACUUCAACUUACUCAUUAAGGAAGUGUACAUGAGUGACGCUCCAAGAAAGAAAGUAAUUUGCAAUCUUUACGUCAAUAUUUUAUUACCUCAAUAUCUAGUUUUAUCACCAGCCGACCGCGAGCCAUUAAUUGCCAAAUUCAUUGACUUUGUCAAGCAAAACAAAGAUUUCAUCGAAAAAAGAGUUUUAUAUAAAAGUAUUCGCGAAUGCAACUUUUUGACACUUCUACGUGAGUGUUACUUGAUUUUUGGUGAUUACACAGAAUACCUCAGACUUUAUUUCGAGUAUUGCAACUACGCAGCCAUUACAAUUGACGAAUUCAACAGAUUAAUGAAUUUGAUCUGCAACAUACCACUUAACGAGCAACAAAUCCUAUUCAAAUCAUUCCCACUUUCAUUCAUGAAGUUUAUUAUGCGCAAUUGGCGUACAUUUAACCGUAGACCAACUUGCGAUCCAAUUUUCCCGGCCAUUUGCGAUAUCAUCUUUGCUGAGCCCAUGGACAUGGAAGCAGUCAAUCUCCUUCAACCAAUUAUGGAGAAAAUGUACACGAGAGGCAAAGAUGGCGGAACUCACUCAAAUGCUCAAAGGAAUCUCUAUUACAUACUUCUCGCACGUACUAACGACCAACAGAAGAUGGAAGAUUACUACAAGAACUCUCAAUGGCUCAAAUUACCUCACGAUUUCUUACUUCGCUGGUUAAAGCGCCGCGGAAUGGAAACAUUAGCUUCCCAGUUCUGCGCCCACCUCUUCGAUCGUCAUUACCUUGCAGUCACGUACUCAGUUAUCGCUGCAAACAAGGAGAAAUCCAUCAGACCAGUUUUGGAUCUUUUGACAUCACUUCUUAACGAUGCCGAAGACCGUCGCGAGUGCUGGCUGAGGGCUUUGGAGACCACUUCCAACAUGAAGAAGAAGGACAAUGCAUCGGAUGAGUCAGAUGGCUGGAGAACUCUACUUGAAACAGCAGUUACAAGCUGCGUAUUGACAUUAGAUGAUAUAUUCCCAAUUAUGCCUGAGAAUAUGAGUAUUGAUAGCUUCCAGUCAACAAUUCUUAACGCAAUUAAAGAAUAUCAGACAGAUAACUCAGCCGCAGUACAUCGUAUCGACCAAUUUAUCAACAGAGCAUCAUCACAAAGAGAACUUAUAUCGCGCGGAACACAACUACGUGUAGAACUCGAUCCAUUACAACAAUGCGCUUUAUGCAAACAAUCGAUUUACAAAGACAGGUUCUUGGUAUUCCCAUGCUAUCAUACUGUCCAUAUAAAGUGCUUGCUUUCAAAUAUGAACCUCUUUUACACUGCUCCUGAGAUGUUGAACUUAAUUUCAUUGACAUCCAAGGCUGCAAAGUCAGAAUCGGCUAAUAAACUACUCUCAGAAUACAUAUCUAGAUCUUGCCCAAUCUGUGGAGAACUUUCUGUCAGAGUUUUAGAUAAAGAUUUCAUUUUGAAGGAAGAAGUCGAAGCAAGAGAAAUGUGGAAGCUUGAUUAA